AUGUUCGAUAACCAAGAAUGGUCCUUUCAGCAAGACUCAGUACCGGGUCAUAAAGCUCGAUCUACCCAAGCGUGAGCUUCACAAAAACAAAACGUAAUCAUGUCACCGCUGCUGGAUACCCUGCUACGGUGGCGGCGCGAUGUGCCCGGCGAAACACCCGAAGAGCCCACCACAACACCUACAACGAAAGAAAUCACAUCGACGGAAGGCGGGACCUCGAUGCCGAUAACGACCUCUACGGUGGCUCCGAGCCAAGAGACGAUUGGCGAGAAGACCGCUGAAUUGGCGCACAAGAUGAACAUGGAAACAUGGCAGCUUGUCGCUAUCCUUGUCGGUGUCGCAGUGGUGGUGCUUGGAAUAUGUUUCUGCUGCAUCAGGCGAUGUUUCCGUAAACGUCGCUCCAAGGAUGGCAAAAAAGGAAUGAAAGGUGUUGACCUCAAAUCCGUCCAGCUCCUUGGUUCCGCAUACAAAGAGAAGGUUCAGCCUGACAUGGAGGAGCUCACGGAGAAUGCCGAGGAACCUGAUGACGGCGAUUCAAAGAAGGAGGAACAAAAACUAGGAAAACUUCAAUACAAGCUGGAGUAUGAUUUCAACAGCAAUAGUUUGUCAGUAACGGUUAUUCAAGCCGAAGACUUACCUGCACUGGAUAUGGGCGGAACCUCUGAUCCUUAUGUCAAAGUUUACUUACUCCCUGACAAGAAGAAGAAAUUUGAAACGAAAGUACAUCGAAAGACUUUGAGCCCUAUCUUUAAUGAGACUUUUGUGUUCAAGAACGUGCCCUACGCUGACGCUAUGAACAAGACACUCGUGUUCGCAAUUUUUGACUUUGACCGAUUUUCAAAACAUGACCAGAUCGGUGAGGUAAAAGUGCCGCUAUGCCAGGUAGACUUGGCGCAAACUAUUGAAGAAUGGCGUGAGUUGCAGAGCGUUGAAGGCGAAGGGGGUCAGGACAACAAGUUGGGAGAUAUUUGUUUCUCAUUGCGCUACGUACCAACGGCUGGCAAACUUACUGUUGUCAUUUUAGAAGCGAAGAACUUAAAGAAAAUGGAUGUCGGUGGAUUAUCAGAUCCGUACGUAAAGAUAGCUCUCAUGCAAAACGGCAAGCGUCUAAAGAAGAAGAAAACAAGUAUCAAGAAAUGCACACUGAAUCCCUAUUACAACGAGUCAUUUACUUUUGAAGUACCAUUCGAACAAAUACAGAAAGUGAACCUAGUGAUCACCGUGGUGGACUACGAUCGCAUUGGUACCUCGGAGCCAAUUGGAAAAGUGGUGCUGGGUUACACAGCGUCAGGAACCGAACUGCGUCACUGGUCCGAUAUGUUGGCUAGCCCGCGACGCCCCAUCGCGCAAUGGCAUACCCUUAAAGACCCUGAUGAUGGAGAGAAGAAGGAUUAA